AUGGCGACUAUGACAGUGACAGAGACGCAGCAUAAGAGGAGGCUACCAAAGAAUGUCAAAUUGCCACCCGAGAAUGAACGUUACAUGCGUGCGUGCGCAGAUAUCGCCUCAGCGCUCAUUCAGGACUAUGAAUCCCAGGCCGACGGUUCAAAACCUAAGAAGGAUCUGAACUUGAACUCGCUAAGAGGGCAGAUCGCGAAGAAGCACUACCUUAAGAGCCAGCCUCCGCUCACGGCGAUUAUCGCGGCUGUGCCUGAGCACUACAAGAAAUAUAUCCUCCCGAAGCUCAUCGCAAAACCGAUCCGUACAUCAUCUGGUAUUGCAGUAGUGGCGGUCAUGUGCAAACCUCACCGGUGCCCACACAUUGCCUACACUGGUAAUAUCUGUGUGUACUGUCCAGGAGGUCCAGACUCCGACUUUGAGUACUCAACACAGUCCUACACAGGUUACGAGCCAACAUCUAUGCGCGCUAUUCGAGCGCGAUAUGAUCCUUACGAGCAGGCUCGUGGACGAGUCGACCAGAUUAAGUCGCUCGGUCACAGUGUCGACAAAGUUGAGUACAUCAUCAUGGGCGGCACAUUCAUGUCACUACCAGAGUCAUAUCGGGACGAGUUCAUCUCACAACUACACAACGCGCUUUCGGGAUAUCAAACCAAAGACGUUGACGAGGCUGUUGCCGCCGGUGAGAUGAGUAACAUAAAGUGCGUUGGUAUCACCAUCGAAACACGACCAGAUUACUGUUUGGAUCAACAUCUUUCCUCCAUGUUACGCUACGGAUGUACGCGUCUCGAGAUCGGUGUACAGUCCCUUUACGAAGAUGUAGCGCGCGACACGAACCGAGGCCACACUGUCGCCGCCGUAGCGAAGACCUUCUGUCUCUCCAAAGACGCUGGUUUCAAGGUUGUUUCACACAUGAUGCCAGAUCUUCCCAACGUCGGGAUGGAGCGUGAUCUCGAUCAGUUCGUAGAGUACUUCUCGAACCCAGACUUCCGUACCGAUGGGCUCAAGAUCUAUCCUACACUCGUCAUUCGCGGCACAGGACUCUACGAACUCUGGCGGACCGGAAGAUACAAGAACUACACACCAAACGCUCUCAUCGAUAUCGUUGCCCGCAUCUUGGCCCUAGUACCGCCAUGGACGCGAAUCUACCGUGUGCAGCGCGAUAUUCCCAUGCCGCUUGUCACAUCCGGUGUUGAGAAUGGUAACUUGCGAGAGUUGGCGCUAGCAAGGAUGAAGGACUUUGGUACCUCAUGUCGCGAUGUGCGAACACGCGAGGUCGGCAUCAACGAAGUGAAGCAUAAGAUCCGGCCCGAUCAGGUCGAGUUGGUACGUCGGGACUACACGGCUAACGGCGGUUGGGAGACAUUCCUCGCAUACGAAGACCCGAAACAGGACAUCUUGAUCGCCUUGCUUCGUCUACGACAGUGUUCGAAAGAACAUACUUUCCGGCCAGAGUUAACGGGCCAGCCCUCUUCGCUGGUACGCGAACUGCACGUCUAUGGGUCUGCUGUCCCUAUACAUGCUAGAGAUCCGAAGAGGUUCCAGCAUCAAGGUUAUGGUACACUUUUGAUGGAGGAGGCAGAGCGAAUAGCCAGGGAAGAGCAUGGAAGCAGUAAGAUCAGUGUUAUCUCGGGUGUUGGUGUGCGGAGUUACUACGGCAAACUGGGUUACUGGCUUGACGGCCCAUAUAUGAGCAAGACGCUCGAGCCGCUGUGGGAGAGGGACUGGUAG